GGAGAGGGCGUGGCGCGUGGCUGCUGCGGCGCGGGGCUCUUCCUCGCGCUCUCCAGCCCGCUCUGCUGCUGCUACCGCCGCCUCCGCGGUCGUUCCUGGCCGCCUGGCCGCGGGGCUCGCCUGCAAGGUUCCUGCUGCUGUCCCUGGAGCAUGGCAGGCUGCUGAGGUUGAGUGGCAGUGUCAAGUAGGAGCUGCGUGUCUUGCCCAGUGGCAGGGAGCGUGUCCAUGGCUGCAGCCAACAGAGUAAGCCCAGAGUCCGAAGUAUCCGCUUUGCAGCAGGCCACGAUGCAGAAGGCUCCCAGAGCCACGUCCACUUUGAUGAAAAGCUGCAUGACUCGGUGGUCAUGGUUACUCAGGAGAGUGACAACAGCUUCCUAGUCAAGGUCGGCUUCCUGAAGAUCCUGCACAGGUAUGAGAUUACCUUCACUCUGCCUCCAGUGCGCAGACUGAGCAAGGACAUCCGUGAGGCCCCUGUCCACAGCUUGCACCUCAAGCUCCUCAGUGUCACACCCGUCUCUGAAGGUUACAGCAUCAAGUGUGAGUACUCGGCACACAAAGAAGGCGUCCUCAAAGAGGAGAUGCUCCUGGCCUGCGAGGGUGACAUAGGCACCUGUGUGCGAGUGACGGUGCAGGCGCGGGUCAUGGACCGGCACCACGGUACACCCAUGCUGCUGGAUGGUGUCAAGUGUGUGGGCGCCGAGCUGGAGUAUGACUCGGAACAGAGCGACUGGCACGGCUUCGACUGAGGCCUGGGACCGUGCCCGCCUGCCUGCCUGCCUGCCUGAGCCCCUGAGCCUUAAACUCUACCUGCACCCCCGACAUGCUGUGUGACGGUGUGGCUUCCUCACCUCUCCCCUGGUGGUCAUGGCAGGGCUAGACCUUGCCAUGCCCCCCACUUCUGCCUUCAUUCCUUCCACCACCCUGCCCCUCCAGUCUCCUCCCCCACUUCCUCCUCUCCCAUGUGCCUGAGUCUCCUGACGGAAGAAAAGGGUUGAGCCCCAAGGAGGCUGUCUGAGGGGAGGGACCUGGGGUGGGCCUUACCUCUUCCACCCCAAGCCAUAGGGGCUCUAGCUAGGGAUUGGGAGAGGACAAGUGGCUGUCUGUGUGACAUGGAUGCCCCAUUGCUGCUGCUACUGUCGUCUCCCCUUCUCCACCUCUGCUGCCCUCAUCUCCCUUCCCCACCGCUGGUUGUGUGGUGAGGAGGUACAGUUCCAAGCCCCUACCCCCUCAGGUCUGUGGUACUUGGUUUUUAAAUGACUGGUUGGGAUAGAGACCUCAAUAAAUAAAAACUCCGGUAGAUUUCAGAGGUCAGUGGGGGCUGUUUGUUCUCUGGGGUUGGAAGCCCACCCUAUCCUUCAUAGAUGGGCCAGGGAGAUCAGGAGGAAGGUACUGCGCCACACCGCGGCACCUGUACGAGGACAUGGACGCCGUUUGGGUCUUGGGACUAGUUGCUUGAGUGGGGAGGGGUCUAGGACAUAAAGCAGCCUUCAGGAACUCAGGGAUGCUGGACAGGAGGAGAGCGACUCCUUGCCACGUCCCUUUGAUCUGUGUAGCUGACAACUGUCUUCUAUUAUUCAUACAUUAAUCCCACUUAUGGGGGUCCCUGCUGUGGUAGUUCCAGAAGGCUGUUUUUUCCCUUACCUUGCAAACUCUGUUUUCAC